GAGGUUAUUUCAGUUAUUCAGGAUGUUUUGGAUCAGUGUUCAAUAUUUGUUUAUAACUUACAUGUAACCUAAAAAUAUCUUGACGUUUCAACCGGUUAUCCAUCCUGUUGGCAUCACUUAGUUGACCAUCUUUACUCAACGUUCUGUUACAUUCGUCUUGUGUUGAUAAUGUCUCAUCCGUUGAGCAAAGCUAAUUUGAUUCUAUCCGUAAGCUCAUAUGUAUUGAGAAGAAUCUCCUGUGAUCAAUGUCGAAACUACAACUGUUUUCUUGGCGCUCAAAACUAUGGAUCUUUUGUGAAAAUGGCGAAAAAUAAUUUUACCUCAAAGUACCGACAUCUGUACACAUCGACGUGUUUACCUCAAGCAACAUCCGCUCACCAAGUUUCCCCAUCAACAUCGCAACAACCCUCUAAAGAUACUGUGGUGGAGGUUGAUCCAUUCAAAUUGGUUGAGAAAGAUUUGUCUAACCUUUAUGAGAAUAUCCGUAAGGAAUUGUGGACCGAAAAACCUGAAUUGGAAGAGAUUGCUAGUUACUAUUUCGAUGGCCAAGGUAAGGCUUUUCGCCCAAUGAUCGUGGUCUUGGUGGCUCGUGCUUUGAACCACCAUUUCUAUCGUAGAUCUGACCUAACUGAAUCUCAAAAAAAUGUUGCAAUGGCCACUGAAAUGAUUCACACUGCAUCAUUGGUACAUGAUGAUGUUAUUGACACGGCCGAUAUACGGCGAGGUAAACCUUCGGUCAAUGUUCUUUGGGGUCAAAAGAAAGCUAUCCUUGCUGGCGAUUACAUUUUAUCUAGAGCAUCCCAAAUGUUGGCUCGCCUUAGGAAUGAAGAAGUCAUCUUUGUUUUAUCUCAAGUAUUACUCGACCUGGUUCAAGGUGAAUUCAUGCAAUUGGGAUCAAAAGAGGAUGACAGUGAAAGAUUCAGUAAUUAUAUUCACAAAAGCUUCAAAAAGACUGCUUCACUCAUUGCUUAUACCUGUAAAGCAGUUGCUCUGCUCUCAGGAGCAGAUAAAAAUUUUCAGGAAGCUGCUUUUCAAUACGGAAGAAAUCUUGGAAUAGCCUUUCAAUUGGUUGACGAUCUUUUAGAUUUUGUUUCAAGCCAAUCGGAACUGGGCAAACCAGCAACUGCUGAUCUUAAACUCGGUCUUGCCACAGCUCCAGUUUUAUUCGCGAGUGAAAAAUUUCCUGAAUUAAAUGUGAUGAUUAAAAGACGAUUCUCGGAGCCGAAUGACGUUGAAAAGGCUUAUGCUGCUGUGAUGGAAUCUGAUGGGCUUCAGCAUACUCGAAUGUUAGCCAGACAACAUGCUGAUGAAGCUCUUAAAUUUAUUGAACCAUUUGCAGAUUCACCUGAGAAACAAGCCUUAAUUGUGUUAGCUGAAAUGACGCUUGCUCGAAAGAAAUAAUUUAUAAAUAUCUACAUUGUGCCAAAUAAAUCCCCAAAAUGCCCAUCUGAUGGUAAUAUUUCAAUAUUCAAGCAAAGGAAAGAUUACGAUAAUUUACUCUUGAUUUAUGAAUCAAUUGCACAAUUUACUAAUAAGCAAUCUUCAUAAGAAUGAAAAGUAUCUUUGACUAUCUCGAAUAAUUUAAACAAUUACUAUUUUUUAUAUUUAGAGUUUAAUUUUAACUGUUGUUUCAUUUGUUAAUGUACAAUUACUCCUGUGCAAUUUAAUCAAUAAAUAUUGUGAGCAACCAGUAGCUGAAAUUCAAAUAAAUUUCUAGUUCAAUUCACAUUCAAUUGAUCAGUUAACUUUUUCAUUUUCCCCUGAUUUAGUUAGCAUAUUUUUAGCGAUGAAUGUUUUAUUGAUGAUGAUUGCGACUCGCAAAACAAAUGGGGGUCAACUCAUUCAGGUUCAAGUUAAUCAGUUGAAAUACUGGUUUGAUAAAAUUUAUAUGAAUGUGAUAACAAGUUUACUUGCCGUUAUUUCUUAUCAACAAUUAUUAACUCUGACUUAUUUAUAUUCAAACUAUUAGAGGGACUCAAAACCGAACGUUAUUGACUCCAACAUUGACUCUCUAUUGAUGAGUCAAAAUAUCAAAUUUAAUGAGAAUUGUAUUUUAAAUCAAGUUUUCACACUUAAUUAUAGUUUAAGUCAAAAUGAGCGAAACGAGGAAAUGAAAUGAAAUAUCUGCAGGGACUAGGAAUUUGAUUUACCGUUUGAUGGGAGUUGAGAUAAGAUCUAACAUUGAAAUUGAUGAAAAACUAACUCAACGUGUUUGACUUGUUUGUAUGAAGAUGCCCUCAGAAAGCUUGACUUGAUCAGCUGUUUUAUGUUUAGCCGAUUUCAUCAACUCGUGUUGUGAUUGUUGAAAUAAAACAUUCAUCAGAUUUAUUUAUUAUUUUAUUUAAUAUUGAUUUUGAAACUAACAUAAAAUGGCUGAAUUGCCUGAUUUAGGCCAACAGUGCUCAAGCUGUAGACGAUUGGAUUUUUUGCCGAUUGUUUGCGUUUAUUGUAAAUCAGUUUUUUGCAAAGAUCAUCUGUCUACUGAAAUCCACAAAUGUCCUGAUUUCAUCGCAUCUGAUAGGAUUAUAAAGGAAACUCCUGAAAAACUUGAACAUGAAAGAUGUGACUUUUGUUCAGAGAUUGUCAAAAAUCGACUUGAGAUGGUUAAAUGUGAUCACUGUCAAUCAAUUUUCUGCCUUGCUCACCGUCAUCCUGAAGGGCAUAAUUGUUCACCUCGUGUUGUUGGAGAAAGUAAAACACCUUCAGCUCACCAACUCAUUUUAGCCGCUAAUUCAUCCUACAAACCUUCAUUGGUACCAAAAGGCCAGAAAGGAGCCAAAAAUGAAGCUCUCGCGAGGAAGGUUGCGUUAAUGAAAUUGAAACAAACCGCGACGGGAUCCCAAUCAAUUCCUCAAAGUGAAAGGCUUUAUUUUAAUUUAAAUUUAAAUGAUAAAGCAACAAAACAAAUAUUUCUUUCAUCUUUUUGGUCUGUUGGAAAAGCAGUUGAUUUCAUAUCAUCGAAAUUUAAUUUAGUCAAUAAUAAUAACAAGGCCGGUCAUCCAAAGCUUGUUAUAGUAACAGAAUCGGAAUCUUUAUUACCCUUUGAUCUAUCACUGAGUAAAGCAGUUGAACAAGGUGACAUUGAAAGUGGACAAACGUUAUACAUGAAGUAUAUUGAUACAAAUCAAAGUUGAAUUCAAACUUCAAUCAAAUUUAUUUAUUUAUUUAUAUUAAUACAUUUUUACGGUCAUUAAAUUGAUUCACAUUUGA